GAAAAAAAUAAUACUACUAGUGAUUCUGAAAAUACGGAAAACCCUAAAAUCCAGAUUGGAGAAAUGGCUUUGGGGGAAUCCGACACCGAUUCCGUCGAUUCCGUUGUGGGUGGUAAACGGAAAAGAGGAGAGAUUCAGGAAACAGAGGAAAUCGAUUCCGGUGGCUGUGGUGGCGAGAUCGCGAAGAUCGAUUCCGAUGGCUGUUGUGGCGAGAUUUCGAAAAUCGAUUCCGGUGGCUGUGGUGGCAAGAUUGCGAAAGUCGAUUCCGGUGGUGGCGAUAUUGCGAAAAUCGAUUCCGGUGGUGGUUCCGCCAUGAAAGAGGAAAAAGAAACGAGACAGGUACUGAAAUUCGUAGAUAGAUAUAAUUUAUUUCAGCGGUACAACGGAAAGAUGCCAUUCGAAGAUGAAACUUAUGAUCCCACAAGGAAUGAUGAUUACUCAAGUGAGGAAGAUGGGAAAGGUAAUCUACAUAUGUUGGAGGGUAUGGAGGACGAGACUGGAAACGAUGCAAUGGUGGAGGAUACUGAAGAAGAUACUUGCGACCGCGAGACCAUUCUCAAAUACAUCAGUCAAGUCCGCAAUAGCUUUGGUUUUGAUGUGGAUGUGCGCCUUCCUUCUUGGCUGGUGAGUUAUCUGAAAUUCGUCCCCGCUGAUGUGUCUGACCCCAUCUAUCAUGAUCAUGUGCAUAGGGCAGCAAGGUUUGCAAUUGAAGAAAUCAAUGUUGACUUGGAAAGCAAAACUUAUGAGUUUGUGGAAAUUGCUAAGGCUGUCUACGUGUACAACCCAGGGAUGCUAAUGUUUUUGACUCUUGUUGUAAAAAAAGCCGAAGCAGAAGGAGCUGCUACUAUGACUAUCCAAGCAAUUGUCAAUCAACCCAUUGCUAAACCUUUCAAACUCGAUCAGUGGAUGUUUAAACUAGACGCCAGCCCUUGAUUCUUCCAUCUCUGCGUUUAUCCAUUUAUGCACUAUAAUAGUAGUAUUAGAUAUGUUAUGUUUGAACAACUCUUGUAGAAUCUAAUUCAACUUGUUAUCUGAAUUAUGCUGUCUCGUCUACCAAUUCAAGUAUGCACUAUAAUAGUAGUAUUAGAUAUGUUAUGUUUGAACAACUCUUGUAGAAUCUAAUUCAACUUGUUAUCUGAAUUAUGCUGUCUCGUCUACCAA